AUGGCACAAGAUAACCGCAACUCUGGAUACGAGGAGCUGGAGGCCGUGGUUGGGGCCCUGGUGGGGGUGCUGGGGGCCCAGCGGGGCCUGCUGGAGUACCUGCCCGCCAUGGGGCACCUGCCCCGCCUCGUGGAGCUCCUGAGGGCCUCCCCCAGCAGCGCUGCCAUCAGGGCGGCCCUCCUCACCCUCCACCAGACGACCUUCUCGCAGGUGUGCUGUGCAGAGCUGCAGACCACGCCUGUGCUGUCUGCUGUGAUGUCUGCACUGCAGACGCGGCCUGAUCUCAUCGCUGUGUCUGUGGAGACUCUGCACAACCUGUUUCUGCACACUCUGCAGCCUGCUGCUCUGCACCAGCAGGCUCUGCAGGUGGGGCUGGUGCAGAGUCUGCUGCAGCUGCUGCAGAGCUCGUCGCUGCCCGUCACUAACCUCGCCGCCACCAAGGCUCAAAUUGUCGCCUGCAUCAAGACAUUGUCCGCGUCACCCCUCUACGGCACACAGGUGACCUCCCUACCUCUACAGCGACGAACGUCCUGCACAGGAAGGACUUAUUUCAUCCUCGUGUUUUCGACGACUGCCGAAGCCACGAUCGCGAAGAAGAAUUCACGUAGCAUCCCCGACUCUGCGAAGUGUACUGCAACCAACGGCAACAGCCAGACCGCCCUCAGCUUCGCCUUGGACUCUAUCGUCUCCACGAGCCCGAGUGAUGUACCACUGUGA